AUAACCGAAUACAUUAAUCAUCAUAUGUACUCGCAGUCAAUGACACUAACUGACUUUAGCAACUCAUGGAUUAUUACUUGUUACCAAGGAACAAACAGUCUUGUUAACUUGGAGUACGCAGGUGAUAUUGUCUUCCUAGAUGGAAACACUUAAAGAGAAUGCAAAGUCAUCUGGACACCUUGAAACUAAAUUUUCAGGUGUUUGCCACGUGAUCUUAUCCUGUCAAAUGUAAGAUGAUGCUGCAGUACUUUUCUACAUUGACCCCUACCUUCAAGAGAGGCAGCGGCGAAGUAGUGGACCAUGUCGAUCACUGAUGGACAAGAUAACCCUGUUCGCCUUUAUGACUUAGAGAUAUGGACACUGAAAAUGAAAGAUGUGAAAAGCCAUCAGCUGGAUGGAAAGCUGAGAAAUAUUCACGAUUUCAAUCUAUUGAAGAUGCUCGUCAUGCAUUAGGCUCAUUACUUUUAAAAGAUUCCGCCGAAAUUAACAAAAAGGUGCCAGUUAUCUCUCAUAAACAUCUAGAAGUUAAACUGCCAAAAAAAUUUGAUGCACGUAAAAAAUGGAAAAAUUGUUCAAGUAUAGGCGCAGUCUAUGAUAGUUCACGAUGUAAUUCAGUCUAUGCCAUGGUUGCUGCAGCUACAAUGAGUGAUCGUAUAUGUAUUCAAUCUUAUGGGAAAAAGAAUAUCACACUUAGUUCAAUUGAUAUAGUUUCAUGUUGUACUGAUUGCGGUGAUGGUUGUCAAGGUGGUUAUUAUCUUAAACCAUGGGACUUUUGGUUAACAAAAGGUAUUGUCACUGGCGGGACAAAUAAAUCAACCAACAGUUGUCUACCUUAUCCAUUCCCAAAAUGUGAACAUGCUCACACUAAAGGAAAAUAUCCUGAGUGCAAGUCAGGCACGCCUAAAACACCAAAAUGUACUAAAACAUGUCAGCCUAGCUAUAAAGUGAAAUAUGAUAAUGAUAAACAGUAUGGAAACAUUUAUUACAUGAUAUAUCAAAAUGAAAUAGACAUCAUGAAAGAGAUUUUUGUCAAGGGACCAGUAGAAGCUGCUUUCAAUGUAUACCUUGACUUUCUCAGUUAUAAAUCUGGAAUCUACAAGCACAUAACUGGACAAUAUUUAGGCGAUGCACCAAUAAGAAUAAUCGGUUGGGGUGAAGAAAAUCAUACACGUUAUUGGUUAUGCUCACAUGUAUGGAAUGAAGAUUGGGGUGAGAAAGGCUAUUUUAGAAUUCUACGUGGUAAAAAUGAAUGUGCAAUUGAAAGUUCAAUUGUUGGUGGUG